UAGAUUUUGAGAUUAAUCUUCAUUAGAGGCACUUUGGGAGUUCUAAUUCCUGUCAUUUUCCUCUACUUUUAAAGAAUAUUGUCUGUUAGCUCGAAUCAGAUUGACCUGUGCAAGAUUCCUACCUUAUUCGACACUUUCUUUUGACCUACUCAAAAAACAUAUUUAUAGUACACCAAAACCUUAUUAUAUUCUUAAUAUAUUUAUGAAACCAAUUCCUCUAUCCCUCUUAUUUUUUUUUUAAUCUAAUGUGUAACAACACAAAAACCUUAUUAUAACUCUUAAAAUAUUUCACAAAGACACACCCAUUUACCAUAAGCUAAAUCCCUAAAGUAAUGGAAGGUUCAUCUUCGUCAUCUACACCCCAAAACUAUGUAGGAACACCACCUCCACCUCCAACCUCAACAACACCUAGCCGUUAUGAAUCCCAAAAGAGGAGAGAUUGGAAUACUUUUGGUCAAUACUUAAGGAACCAACAUCCUCCUGUCCCUCUUCCUCAUUGCACUAGCCACCAUGUCUUAGACUUUCUUCGAUACUUAGACCAGUUUGGAAAGACCAAAGUUCAUGUACCUGGGUGCAUGUUCUACGGCCAACCCGAGCCUCCAGCACCUUGUCCUUGUCCUCUAAGACAAGCUUGGGGUAGCCUUGAUGCCCUCAUAGGCCGCCUUAGGGCCGCCUAUGAGGAGAAUGGUGGACCACCGGAGACUAACCCUUUUGCCGGUAGCGCGAUAAGGGUGUAUCUUAGGGAGGUUAGGGAGUGUCAAGCUAAGGCUAGGGGUAUCCCUUAUAAGAAGAAGAAGAAAGGAGGUGGACGAGGCGGCGGUGGCGGUGGCGGUGGCGGUGGCGGAAGUGGUAGUGGUAGUGGUAGUGGAGAAGAUCAUUCUUCUUCUUUCUCUCCUGAUGGAUCUUCUACUUCCAUGAUGAUGAGGUUUUCUUAGUAUGAUCCACUAAAUCUAUUAUGUUUGUCUUGAAGAUCAUCAAUUAUUAAGAGAACCACGCUAUAAUGAAGACGUCUCCACUGCAAGGAUAUCAUCAGUGUGCGUGGAAGAACAAUGUUUAAUUCUAAGUUGCAAUUGGGAUGCCCAAUCGUACGUGUUUAAGGAUCGAUUAUUGUUUUGCUCAUUAUUUAUUAGUUUUAUUAUUAUUAUUAUUAUUAUUAUUAUUAUUAUUAUUAUUAUUAUUAUUAUUGAUCAAGUUCCUUCUGCUUUCGGGUAUUUCCCUUGUAGUCAUUUGUACUCACUAUUACUCUAAAUUUUAUUGCAUAUUCAUUAGUUCAUGAACUAAACCCAUGAUUAAAUUAAAUAAAUUCAUUAUGUUCAAGU